AUGAUUGUCCAUCAGGAACAAGAGUUUUUGCAGAUAAGUGUACAUACAAGCAUGGAUGAUGAUCAAGUUAAUGUAAGUUGUUCUGAAUAUUGUCAGCAAAUAAAAAAAGAACAUUUAAGGCCGUGAUGGAACGCAUUCGUGCUCGUCAAAUGCAAUUAUCAGCAUCAACAAUAGAAACUAUCGAAGAAACCAAGGAGAAUGUUGUGGAGGAUGUGAAGCCUUCGAUAACUGCAGCUCCAAGAACUUUUGGAUCGCCAUCAAAAGUGAAUAUUAUACAAGCUGCGAAACCGAAAGAAGAAUCUCCAAUUAAAUCGAUUACUCCAAAAGCCGAACAAACUUCAGCGAGAAAAGCAAGAUUUUCAGCUUUAGCCGCUGAAUUGGAUGAUUUCGAGGUGGAUUUUCAAAAUCAAUAUAAUAAACCUAAAGAGGCUUAUAUGAAGGGAAGAUCCCCGAGAAUGAGUAUUGGAGAGACACGCACAUCUGUUCUUUGCACUCCAGCUGGAAAUGCAGCAAUGCGAAGUCCAAAUGUAGCCGGUGGUGCAACAAAAUCCGCAACCAACAUCAAAAUCGAGCCACAAAGUUCGCCAAGAAGUGUGGAAGUUGCUCGCGAAGAAACAAAAACUAUCAAAUUCGCUCAUCCCAUCGUCAAUGUGAAUUAUCUUCCAAACGAAAGUUCACUUUUGUCUGGUAGAUCAUCAGUCAAUGAUUCGGUUAGCACGGUUUUGGGUGGAUCAGCAGAAAUGAUGAAUGUGACAACUUCUUCGCUUUCAACAACAACAAAUGAUUUAUCGAUUAAUCAUCAUAUAACUGUAGAGAAUACUUUGAUUAAUGCGCAAAGUUGUGAGAAUCGUGAUGCAAUUAUUCGCGAAAGAACAAUGGCAUUAAAUGAUAUGACAAAUGAGGAAUAUGGAGCACAUACUUUCAUGAGAAAGGUAUAUAUUAUCGAAAAUCUCAUCGGUACCACGCGCUCCACCGAAAUAAACACGCAACGCAGACCGCGUCGCACCACAACACACACAAAUAAGGAAACGGUUCAAAUUCCCUUCUUUUUUUGUGUGUUGUGGCGCGGCGCGGUCUGCGUUGCGCACAGCGAAAAAAAAUUAUUUUUUUGUACACAAAAAAUUCGUUGCGGAAAUUCAAAAAAAAAAUAGGCGGAGUUUUCAACACGCAACCCCUGGCAGCGUCUUUCUGCAAUAUUAUUGCAUGUGCGCACGGUUUUUGUGUGUUCUCCCCUUUUGUUUUUUGUUUUUUUCCUUUGUGUGUGCAAACACUUUCUGUUUUGCACACCGUACCACACGGAAACAGAAAAAAUAAUUUUUUUUCGCUGUGUUGCGUGCUUAUUUCGGUGGAGCGCGUGGUACCGAUGAGAUUUUAGAUAAUAGAUUUUAAAUGUUUUUUGUUGGCUUUUAACUGCUUUUUGUCCGCCUGAUUAACUUGACCAUUUUAGAAACCCACUCCUCCAAUACAACAAGAAGUUGAAGAUGCCAACACUCCAACCAAGCAAUCAAUCCACGUUCUUGUCAGUUCCCCAAAACCGUUUUCCAAAUAUGUUGGAAACACCAAAUUUUCACCAGUUCAUUUUGUAAGUUUCCUAUCUUAACCUGCUUUAAAAAAAACUAAUAAUUUGUCCAGACACCGCAAAGCACCUCCUCACCACUCCCAAAAUCAUCGAAAUCUGAACCUUGUGCUGUUUUGUCGCCUGCUAAAACAGCGGCUUUGGAAAAUGCAUGUGCGCGAGUUCGUAGGCAGGAAUUAGAAGAGAGAAUUCGUGGAGAGAAAAAUAAGUCUGUAUGUAUUCUUGAGGAUUAUUGAUUUCAGAAAUAUGAAAAAAAUAUAUUUUCAGCCUGGAUUUUCUACCCGCCAACCGAUUGUUAAUACACCACAUGUUCAUUUGACGCCACAUCAGAAGAAUUUGUUUAUGAAACAAGAGGAGGAAGAGAAGAAAAGUUCUUUAGCAACUUCUGCUUCAAAACUUCCUGGCGGAGUUCAAACUCAAUGGCGUGGCCAACACAAUACUCCAGUUGUCCAAGGUGCAAGAGCCGAUGAAAAAACCGCAGGUGCAGAUGUUUUUGGAGCCGGAGCUUCGAAAUUGAAGAAUCUGAAGUCUCGCUGGGAAUUCUCGUCGGCAACAGGAACUCCAAUUCAUCCAGAUGCUUCUGAAGACUCACUAAUUGCUACGGCUAUAAAAAUGAAGGAAACUGCGAUUCCUCAAAAAGUUGGGGCUUCGAGGAAUUUGGGGAAAAAUAUGAGUAUUGGAGCUGGAUCGACGGCUUCGAUUGGAAAGCAAUUCGUUGCGGAAGAAGAAGAUUUUCUGAAUCAGAAUGAAGAGGAACCAUUCAUUGAUGAUGUUUCAGAAGAUGAAAUCGCUGAAACUGAUGCGAGUCGAAUUAUCGAUCAAGCUUUUGAUUUUAUGGAUCGUGGCUCGAAAAUGGGCGGAGCUACACCGUCUCCUUAUAGACCACCUGCUCCAUUGGCUCAAUUUGAUGAAUCGCCGCUCAAACAGCAGAAAAUUGAUGUGAUUGAAGAGGAGGAAAGUGUUCCGAUGGGUGAGAAUGAAGAGGAAGAAGAGGAGAUUGUUGCGGCUGGAGAUAAUGCGACGAAACGGCAACAACAUAUUGAAGUUAUUGAGGAGUCUUGGAGUGAACGGAAAAAUGGUGAGUGAUUUAAAAUCUGACAAACUUGUGUUCAAUUUAAAUUAAAUUUAGACACGGAUUCUCGAUUACCGUACACUGUCUCAUUUUAUCGAAAAAUACAAAAAGAGCACAAUGCGAAAUCGGAUUUCACACCAAUUCAACCAUCUGCUCCACCAUGCUCUUCAAAUGCUCAAAAUUUUGGAUCGCCGAAAAUGUUGCGAGGUUUGACUGAUGAAUCGAUUGCGGUUGGAAUGGCUGGAAGAAUUGUGGAGACUGAAAAUCAAGCCAAGGUAGGUUUUUGAAAUUUGUUUUUCGGGUCCGAAAAUUUUUCGACACGAAAAGUACACAUAAAUUUUGAGAAGUUGAAAUUCGAGGACAAAUAUGAAGUAAUUUUGGCGCCAAAAAAUAGAAAAUUUGAAUUUUCGCGUAAAAAAACCAUGUGAAAAUUUCAAAUUUAAAAAUUUUGGUGCUGAAAAAAUAAUAUAACAAUUUGAAUUUUGAAUUUUCGCGCAAAGAUGUACAAUUGAAGAAUUUGAAUCUCGGAAUUUUCCCGCUAAAAAUGUAAUAUCAAAAUUUGAAUUUUGAACUCUCGCGCCAAAUAAUAACAUUAAAAAAUUGUUGAGUUUUAGGGCCAAAACUUUUUCGUUUAAGCACAAGUUCCCCCUAAAAAUCACCAUUUUUUCCAGGAACGCAUCAAAAAGGCCAUCAAAAUUGAAGAUGAGCAUAUUUCUCAAGCAAAACGAGCUAUUGGAAUGUGUAGACAAACUCCGAGAUUUAGAGGAUCUCGUGAAGAGGUUGAAUUGCAAAGAGCAUUGUUGGUUGCGAUUGAAAGACAAAGAGCACUUUUAGCUGAAUUUGAACGAUUGAAAAGAGAUGGACCAAUUAUGUGAGUUUUUGAGAACAUUUUCCCGCCGCAAUUUCAAAUAUUUUUUUCUAGCUAUGAUGGACCACGUGGCCGAAUUGACAUUGGAACAUUAGAAGUUACGAUUUCGAGAGAAUUUUUACAACAAUGCUUGACGGCUGUCAUGAAACCGGCGGAUUUGUAUUAUUUUGUGGCGGUCUUGAAAUGUGGUGAACAAGUUGAAGUAACUCAAUUACAAACCAGCGAUGAUGCUAUCAAUAAAAAUGGAAGUUUGGAAUUUGCAAGCUCGCUCAAAUUAUCGGAACUUCCGUCGGAUUUCAAAGCUGUUGUUGAGUUUUAUGGACAGAAAUGUCAACGUGAAUCGAUCACUCAUGAAGCGAAAUUUAAUUUGGGAAAAGGAACUUUGAAAACUAAGGUAACUAGGGGGGUUUUGUUUUGUGCUUGUUUUGUGCAUGUGUUACUAACAUUUUGUCCUGUUUAGAAUGUGGAAAAGUGGUGUUUUUAUGUUGAUAAAGGAGAAGAGCGACGAAUUUUGGAGGAGCAAAAGAAGCAGAAGAAAAUGUUGAAGAAGAAACAUUUUUGGAAUGUGUUGCAUGUAUUGUUUGGGACUUGGGAGUUUUAGUGCUGAAAAUACUGAUUUUCAGAGAUUUGUAUGACUUUCAGCACAAAUUUAUUGAUCUAGGAAUUUUAGUGCUGAAAUUUUUGAUUUUCAGAGGGUUUCAGUAAUUUCAAUAUUUUCAGCACAUCAUUUUGGUCUAGAACUUUUUUUUUCUGUUAAUUAUAGAUUUUAAGAGCUUCAGAGAUUGUGCUGAAAAUUCUGAUUUUCAGAGGUUUUCAGCUGAGAUCUCUGAAAAUCAGAAUUUCAAUCAAGGAACUUUUUGUGCUGUAAUUUGUGAUUUGCAUGAUUUUCAGCAUUACAAUAUAAGUUUUCUUGUCUAGACUCUCUCAAAUGUAUGUUAUCUCUAAUCAAAAUAAUAUUCUGUUUUUUCAGACUGAUAAAAAUGCAACUCUUCCAUCAUCCUCUUAUUAUUCUUCGGAUACAAGUUUUAGACUUCUUGGAUCUUUUGAAUUUGAUGCUUCGUCAAUUGAUAAAAAUGUUAGUUUCCCCAUUUUUUUUCAAUUUUUUUCUCCAAACCCACCUUUUUUCCAGGAAUAUCAAUUGAGUCAUGCGAUUUUCCCACUUGAUGGUCGAGCUAGAAUGAAGAGAGUAUCGAAACGAGCCAUUGAAGGUUCGGAUGUUGAAUAUCGCGGAUUUUUGUCGAUGUAUCAAAGAACUAAAGAAGGAUUGGGCUCGUGGACAAGGUAAACGACAGAUCUAUUGGGAAAAUAAAAAAUAAAAAACAUUUCAGAUAUUGGUGUGUUUUAUCGGAAGGUCAAAUGAAGUUCUGGAGACAUCCGGAAGAUGAAAGAUCGAAGAGCUUGUUGGUUUCAAUCGAUUUAGCAACAUGUAUUGGCAGAGAUGGUGCAUCAACAGUUAAUGAAGUUUGCCCAUAUCCGAAUAGUUUUCAUAUUGGAGUUUGGGUUUCGAAAGAAGCGUAUGCAAAUGAAACGAUUACGUCGGUUAAUCAAAUUGAGAAAUUGAGGUUAGUCCCAAAAAAAUUCAAUUUUUUCGAAUUUCUGGGAAUCCUAAGCCCUCUUCUACCAUCCCAAUCUUAUUUUUCAGAGUUAUGUUGGCUGCUGACACUCCCUCUGAUCUUCAAAAAUGGCUUUCUGCGAUCAAUUGUUGCUCCCGUCAGCUUUAUGUUUGGAGAUAUCCAUUGUUCUGA